CUCUGGACUGAAGUCUCCUGAUCGUUGAUUCAGUUCCUGAACGUCGUUGUUAAAGACUGUAGAUAGUUGUUUAAAUUUAACUUUGAGGAAAAAUACCGUAUUUUUCGCACUAUAAGCGAACUUAAAUUCUGUUUGGCCUGUCGGAGCGCUACGGUAACCUCUGACUUUUCUGACUGUUCCUGAAUCCUCUGAACUUUACUGAAGAUGUGAACCUUUACUGAACACUUCACUUCAUUCAUGUUGAUAAAUUCUUCCAGGUUUAAAGGCACAGUGCGCGGUUUUAGCUGGUGUUGUUUGUGACCCUCCUCUCCAUCUCUCCCAGAAUCUCUGACUCCUCCUCCCUCUUCCUUCCUUCCUUCCUUCCUUCCUUUAUGCUUCCUUUCCUCUGUUAUCCCCUUCUUUAGAUUUGUUGAUCCUCCCUCCUCUCCAUCUCUCCUUAAAUCUCUGACUCUUCCUCCCUCUUCUUACUUACUUCCUUCCCUCCCUCCUUCUUCCUUCCUUCCUUCCUUCCUCCCUUUAUGCUUCCUUUCCUCUGUUAUCCCCUUCUUUAGAUUUCGUUGAUCCCCUCUCUCCCUCCCUCCUCUCCAUCUCUCCUUAAAUCUCUGACUCUUCCUUCCUUCCCUCCCUCCCUCUUCCUUCCUUCCUCCCUUUAUGCUUCCUUUCCUCUGUUAUCCCCUUCUUUAGAUUUGUUGAUCCCUCCCUCCCUCCUCUCCAUCUCUCCUUAAAUCUCUGACUCUUCCUCCCUCUUCUUACUUCCUUCCUUCCUUCCUUCCUUCCUUUAUGCUUCCUUUCCUCUGUUAUCCCCUUCUUUAUAUUUGUUGAUCCCUCUCUCCCUCCUCUCCAUCUCUCCUUAAAUCUCUGACUCGUCCUCCCUCUUCUUCCUUCCUUCCUCCCUUUAUGCUUCCUUUCCUCUGUUAUCCCCUUCUUUAGAUUAGUUGAUCCCUCCCUCUCUCCCUCCUCUCCAUCUCUCCUUAAAUCUCUGACUCUUCCUCCCUCUUCCUUACUUCCUCCCUUCCUUUAUGCUUCCUUUCCUCUGUUAUCCCCUUCUUUAGAUUUCGUUGAUCCCUCCCUCCCUCCUCUCCAUCUCUCCUUAAAUCUCUGACUCUUCCUCCCUCUUUCUUCCUUCCUUCCCUCCCUCCCUCUUCCUUCCUCCCUUUAUGCUUCCUUUCCUCUGUUAUCCCCUUCUUUAGAUUUCGUUGAUCCCUCCCUCCUCACCAUCUCUCCUUAAACCUCUGACUCUUCCUCCCUCUUCUUCUUCUUCUUCUUCUUCUUCAUCAUCUUUGUUUUCAUUUCCCCCCCUCUCUCCUCUCUUUGGUAAUCCCUCCAUCCCUGCUCUGUCUUUUGUUGUUGUUUUUGCUCUUUUCUCUGUUUCCUCUCCUCAUCCUCACACCUUUAUCUCCCUCCCUCCCUCCCUCCCUCUCUUCAUCCUCGACACAUAUUUUACACCUUUGUUAUUUCCCCCUUUAGAUUGCUCCUCUCUCUCUUAAUCCCUCCCCCUCCUCUUCCUCUGCUGUUUUUAUUUCUCACAUCUCUCUAAAUUUCCUCUCUCUCUGUGUUUUUAUUUUUUUCCACAUUUCUCUGGAUUUCCUCCCUUCUCUCCUCACAUUUAUAUUUCCCUCCUCCCUCCCUCCCUCCCUCCCUCCCUCUCUCCCUCCCUCCCUGCUCUUCACAAACACGCCUGUAACCAUGCCCUUUCCCUCUUCAAACUAAUUACCUCGGCUACCUUGUACCCGCCGCCCCGCGGGACUCCAACAACUGUCAGACCAGUAUUAUUUUUGAAAUUUAAACAAUCAUCUUACGUGCGCUGCUGCUAAGAUCCUGGCCUUUUCGGCAGCUUCGACCUUCAGUAAUUAAUACCCCAGGGCCCAUUAUUGGCAAAGCCUUUAUCCUCUGGGCCAAGAAGCCUCUAACCCGCUAAUUACGGCCAAGCAGCUAAUCUUCCAGCCGCAUGAUUGACAGCUACACCUAUUCUACUAAUUGCCUGUUGCAGACAACACCUGGUGAACCGCAGCGCCGGGGGACAGCGCCGCGCUCCGACAACGCCUAUGGGUCCUGGGGGAGGCCAAACAAGUGAGGGGGGCUCUGUGUUUGAGUGUGUGUGUGUGUGUGUGUCUUUACGAGCAGACAGCUGAGUGUGUUUACAUGCAGCAGAGGAAGAUGUGGGUUCAUACAGUUUAUUGUAUGUGCAGCCAGAGCGUGAACAACAUGUUGCUUAUCGAACAUCCAGAAAAUAAAUCACAACAAGCUCACCUGAAAAUAUCGAGCGAGUGUUUCAGUCACACCUGAGCUUUCUCUGUCUUUAUGAGGACACACCUGAGGGCACAUUGGAGGAAGUACAGUGAGUUCAGGGCGUGUCCAGCGCCGUACAGGUGGCGUUUAAUCUGGACGCAGAUUUGUUGUCGUGAACCAAAACAAACGGAGACUUGAAGCUUUAAAAUGUGACUCUCUGAGCUGCUGAUUGGUCGGGGUUUUAGCGAUGCUGGACUCCAGACCAAAGACUGAAACCAGGUUUUAUCAGGUUAGACCUCCAGUCUGCUUCAGUACACUGUUAAAGAUCUAUCAGUGACGUUAGUACGUUAGUAUGAAAAAUGCAGAUGUUGUUCUCAGUCUCUGUCAGUCACUCUGAAAUGUGUUUGAUUGGUUCUAUAGAUAAAUAUAAGACAUUUAUAAAGAGAUAAAAUUAAAGUUUGAUUGUUUAUGUUUCAGAUCCAAAAGCAUUAAUAUGUAUCACAGCGUGUGCAACAAACUAAACGUAACGAUUGUAAUUAAUUCUUAUAAAACAAAAAGCAGUGUGUGACACAUCAGGACUUAAUGAUCAUCUGACUGUGUCAUACUUCACUGUUUUUAUGUUUCACUGUAACUUUUUAAGGUAUAUCUGUUUUACAUUUUAUUUUAUCAUAUUUCACUAUUUUCAUAUUUCACUAUUUUCAUAUUUCACUGUGUCAUAUUUCACUGAAUCAUAUUUCACUGUAUCAUAUUUCACUGUUUUCAUAUUUCACUGUGUCAUAUUUAACUGUUUCAUGUUUCACUGUUUUCAUGUUUCUUUGUAUCUUUUUAAACUGUUUUACAUUUUAUUUUAUCAUAUUUCACUAUUUUCAUAUUUCAUUGUUUCAUAUUUCACUGUAUCAUGUUUCAAUGAUUAUAUUUCACUAUCAUGUUGCACUGUCAUAUAUCAUUGUAUCAUAUUUCACUGUAUCAUGUUUCAAUGAUUAUAUUUCACUAUCAUGUUGCACUGUCAUAUAUCAUUGUAUCAUGUUUCACUGUAUCAUAUUUCACUGUCAUAUAUCAUUGUAUCAUAUUUCACUGUAUCAUAUUUCACUGCAUCAUAUUUCACUGAAUCAUAUUUCCCUGUAUCAUACUUCACUGCAUCAUAUUUCACUGAAUCAUAUUUCCCUGUGUCAUAUUUAACUGUAUCAUAUUGCACUGCAUCAUAUUUCACUGUCAUAUUUCACUGUAUCAUAUUUCACUGUGUCAUGUUUCACUGUGUCAUAUUUCACUGUAUCAUAUUUCACUGUAUCAUAUUUCCCUGUGUCAUGUUUCACUGUAUCAUGUUUCACUGUAUCAUAUUUCACUGUAUCAUAUUUCCCUGUGUCAUGUUUCACUGUAUCAUGUUUCACUGUAUCAUAUUUCACUGUAUCAUUUCCAACUGUAUUAAAUCUUUGGACAGUGAUUUUACUGCAUUAUUAACUCUGACUGUUUUACUUCGUAUCAUUUCUUGCAGAAAGCAGUCGUGUCCAUGAAACUGUGUUGGACCGUGAAGAAGGUUGGAGAGGCUGCACACAGACGUCCUCACAGGUGAACCCGGGUUUACCUGUAGAUGACGGUCAGAUGAAGGUGAGUGAUGUGGUUUCAGAGGUGUGGCCUUUUUCUUUAAACCAACAUUAUUAUCACUCUCUUUCUCUGAUAUCCUCAGAUAUGUUACAUCAUUAACGUUCACAUCAUCUCUGCAGAACCGUGUUUGUCAUGA